AUGGAUUCAUUAUCUAACAACGGACUCUCUGUGACUACUGCUAUCUAUCUAUCUAUCUAUCUAUCUAUCUAUGUCAGAUUUUAUCACUUAUUUGUUCAUAAAACCUGUCUUUUCUAUCUCUUUUUAUUUUCACACAUUCGCCGAAGUCGGUUGACCGGGAAUUCGACUUCUGCUUUGACAGAACAACUUCCAUGCCGUGUUUAUCUGUUUAAAAUAUCAACUCGUCAUUUUUUUCGUUCUCCUCUUCCUCCUCCUCCUUCUUCUUCUUCUUCUUCUUCUUCUUCUUCUUCUUCUUCUUCUUCUUUUCUUUCUCUCUCUUUCACUCUUUUCUUGUCUCUUUCAUUUUUUUAUACUUCCUGUCCCUUUCCUCUUCUCUUUCCACCCUGUUUGGCUCCUAGUUUUUUUCUGCAUUCCCUUUUCAUCCAUCUUUCUUUUUCUCCUACUAUCUCUCAUUACUUCUAUCUCUCUUUUCUCUUUCUCUACCCUAUUUAUCACUCUUUUUAA